AUGCUGUCGAUUCAUUUGUCGGCGUUUAUUGCCUUGGGGACUUCGGCCAAUGCGGCAGUUCCGCAGGUAACUCCGCGGUCCCAUUUGCAGACGACGUUUUCCGGACUAUCAGAUGUCGAGCCCUUUUCCCUACAGCUGAGUCCUGAUACGGCCAAGGUGUGCAAUAGCACCACUCCGGGGACUUCUGGCUUCAUCACGUCCGACGAUGGGCAAGGAGGCAACAACUCCAUCUUCUUCUGGGCCUUUGAGAGCAAGCACGAUCCCAAAACAGAUCCUGUGAUUCUCUGGAUGUCGGGGUAUGAAUCUCCCGAUUCUCCAAAUGUGCCGUCCGCUAACCUCAACUCUAGUGGUCCAGGUGCUUCUUCAGUCGGCUUCGGAAAUCUCAUGGAACUCGGACCAUGCCGCAUCGCCAGCGAAGGUGGAUAUACCGUUGACAAUGAGUUCGGGUGGAACGCCAAUGCCACGGUUCUCUUUGUUGAUCAGCCUGUUGGUGUGGGUUACUCCCGCGGCCAACGGAUACCAGCCGGCAUUCGCGACUCAUCGAUGGCCAUGGUUCGAUUCCUCCGGCAGUUUAUGACUGCCUUCCCUGAGCUCGCGGACCUAGACUUUUACAUUGCGGGCGAGUCAUAUGGCGGUUCUUGGGUCCCAGCCCUCGCUUCAACCAUACUUAAAUCUGAGAGUGUCAGUAAUGAAAGAGAAUCGCUGAUAGUUCAAGAAGACCGACCCAAUCUUUCUCCGAAUUCAAGUCGCGCCCCUAAAAUCAAUUUGAAGGGCAUCAUGAUUGGCAAUGGUCUCGUACGGCGAUCCGUGCAGAACAUGGGCUUCUUUGAAACAGUCUGCUCAGGUCCAGAUAGCCUCUUCAACUCGUCCCAAUGCCUUGAAUGGGCACCUCGGGCAAUGUGGUGCGAAGAUAACUUGGCCGUGUGUGAAGUUGAUGGCAUGAAAUCCUCCACUUGCAAGGAGGCGGAGUCAAAAUGCAGCGGAAUCAGCAAAGUUGUCACGGAAGACAUGCACCGUAACCCUUACGACUUCCGACGCGAGUGUCACGACCAAGACUCCUGUUACAGUGAGAUGCGUUACGUUGAAGAGUACCUGAACCGCAGCGAUGUGAAAACGGCGCUCGGUGUUCCUGAGAACCAGGCUUUUGUUGGAAUCUCCUUGGAUGUGUUAAAGCAGUGGGAAAAGGUGGGUGACCUAUGGCGAGCAAGUGACGAGUAUGUCAACCACCUGCUCCAAUCUGGCAUCCGCGUUCUUAUCUACGUUGGAGACCAAGACCUUUACUGCAAUGCGCCAGGCAUGCGUCUUCUUGUCGACCGAGGAUUGAGUUGGCACGGCCAGCCCAUCAUUAGACUAAGGGAACUUGUGCCGUGGUAUCUUGGAACGAAAUCUGCUGGCUUGUGGAAAUCGUACGAGCCUUUGACGUAUGCCGAGGUUGCGGGAGCUGGACAUUUGGUUCCAUUCGACAAGCCUGAGGAGGCGUUGACUCUGAUCAACAGCUGGAUCCACGGAAGGCUCCCGGCUCUCUAA